CCCAGAUUUUAUAGACAACAAAGUCUCUCCGGUUCGCUACGAAAGUAGUCUUCCAACGGUUUUUCAUGAUGAUAAAGUUUAUGAAAUGUUGCACCGGUCAGGGUUUUAUGGAGUGCACCGUGUGCAACCUAUCCGAUUAGACCAUGGUCUAAUCACUUCUCUUGUUGAGCGUUGGAGACUGGAGUUACACGCAUUUCAGUUUCCUUUCGGUGAGAUGGGUAUCACCUUACAGGACGUGGAAUGCUUACUAAGACCUCCGAUUGAUGGACUACCCGUCAUGGGCUUUGAUUUAAAUAUUGAGGAACGGAAUGUCUUAUUUAGAGAUGUUUUGAUGUGGACCACCGAGGACACCCAUUUUGGCCGUUUUGACCAAUUCAAGAUUGCCCUUCUUUUUGAGGGACAAACCAUUCAACCAAAUAAUGAAUAGCCUGAUUAGAUGGUGGCUCAAUAUACCGCUAGGCUCAUAUAUGCUUAUAUGGGUGGUUUAUUAUUUCCAGAUUUUUCGGGUUUGUACGCACCAAUUGAUCUCGUGCGAUAUCUAUGAGAUUUUAAUGAAACAUCUACUUUUAGUUGAGGCUCUGCAGUUUUAGCGCGAUUAAAUUUUUCGCUCUGUAAGGCUGCGUUGAAGACUAACCCACGAACACGUCCCGGGGGUUGUCUUCUUCUAUUGCAAUUAUGGGCGUGGACUCGGAUUUUGACCAUAAGACCCAUAGUCAAUAAUGUUUCGAACAAUCCACACGGGCCUCCCCGCAAAGACGACCCAUUUGGUGCACGGUGGAGACAAACCAAGAUGUACAGUGCCUCUGCUAGGCAAAAUGUACGCUACUUUAGGAAUCAACUUGACUCCUUGCAGUUCCGAAACGUUGUUUGGCAACCGUACGAUAUUGAUCAGUUGCUUGCUUAUUGUCGUCAUAGUCCUCAACUAUGGACUUUCCAAGGCUAUGUUAUUUAUCGUUCGAUUAUUGAGCCUGUCAUGCCUAUGCAAUUCACACGACAGUUUGGGAUGUUGCAAACCAUUCCUGAUAUUACCCAUCCAUAUACGGAGGCCUAUCAUAAAACCAAGGGAUGUAAAUCGACCCAUUCGAUACAAGCAUGCGUGGCGCAAUGGAGGGAUAAUCGCUUCGCCCUUACUGUUUUUCAUGAAAUGGAGCCCAUAGUAGGAGAGAAUCCAUUCCAAAUUACCGUGGAGCAUGCUCACUGGUUUGCAACGUACGGUCGGCGUAUUAUUGGAAGCCCCUAUCAUCGACCUCUAGAGGGAUCUGAAAAUACUUCUGCUAAACUUGCAUUCUUGGUGAAUACAAUAAAGAAAGCGGAGCGUCGGCUCGGUAAAGUUCCCGGAGCGGUUGCUGCAGAGGUUCGAGACACACUAAGGGGUGCUUUAGAAAAUGUUGACCGCAACGAAGAUGAGCUUGUUGAAGAUGAAGAAAUGCAUGGAGACGAGAAUGAGUUUGAUGCUGACGAGGUCGAGACUGGUCCAUAUUUCCCGCAAACUGACAAUACUCAACCCGGACAAAAUACCCAAGAAGAUCUUUUUGGUGCGACACAAUUUGACACACGCGAUUUGGGUGGUGAUAACUUCGCAUCCUUUGUUUUGAUGGUGGGUUUAGGUGUGGUAUCUUAACGAUAAAUAGUUCUGAGAGUUUCAACAAGCUGAAAGGUUGUCGAAUGUUACCUGUCACUGCCAUUUUAUUCAUGUCCUAUGCCUAGAUGGUUGAAUUGUUUGUUAAAAGGUACAAGCUUGGUAUUCAGUGGCAAGAACAGAGCAUGCACAUUGCUCCGAAAAUUAAAAAAGUUCUCCUUAAUCGGGAGAAAACUAAGCACAAGUGGACAAUCUCAAGCUACGGUAACAACCAAUACGUAGUGACUCGCACAUCUCGAACAAACCCUUCUUCUAUUUACAGCUACUUGGUCAAUUUGUUUAGUAGUGUAUGUAGAAAUCACCCUAAAUAGGACUAAAACAUAUAUAAAAGUAUCAAAAUAGGACUUUCAUGUUUUUUUUCGGAAAUAGGACUUUGCACUGUGGUAAUGUGACUUUGUCCUGUGGUAUUGUGGCAGUGUACAUGUGCAAAUUACUAUACGUUUUUGGUAAUGUAUAUGACCAUGUAUGGUACUCUGUUCAAAACUAUUUGAGUUGUUAUAGUGGUAUAAUUCAACCUGUUUUUUUCCCUCGGAAUUUGGAAGUUGGCAGCUUUAAAGUUCUACCUCCCAAACGGCCAACAGAUGAGAUUCCACGUUUAGGGUGACGUCAACGCAAUCGAUACCAGGGCGAGAUGGAUUUCAGGGCAAGGAGAUGAUUUUAGUUUAAUAUUUUUUUAGUUUGUAUUAGGGAAGAAGACAUUCAGGGAGAAACAAACACACAAACAAACACGCAUUUAAACUUUAUAAAAACGUAGACAGUAAUAAUUAACUUAAACCAUUUUGAAAAUACUUAUAAUUUUUAAUAGAAAAUAAACUGAACAAAUCUGAUUAAUCCAUUAAUUAUGCCUUGAUUCUGAAAUUAAACUGCUAAUUAAACUCAGGGUUAGGCUGAAGAAGAGGUCCACCAACGGCUCUUCCCUAUUUUCCCAUUCAUAUUAGCUCAUGUUAAGACCAACCCUAACUCUAAACCCUACUAUCCUUAGCAACCCAAAGACCAACCCUUAAGUUACUACUAAGAAUAGCGCAUUAAAAUCUUUGGAAAACAUCACCAUAACAAUCUUGCAGUAACACUACGGUUAUUUAACAAAAUCAGUUCGAGAACCUUGAUUAGCAAAAACCACUUAACGAGGCAGCAAGUACUAAUCAAGUGACACUUGGUUUCUAGAAAAGUUCGGCUAUUAAAAGCACUUUGGACUUUAAAAGAAUAUCAUUUUAAAUUGGAUUAGGUCGCGAUCCUAAUUUGGUCCAAUUUAAGUAAAAUCUGGUGAAUAAUAGUUCUCAGAACAC